GCAGCACUUACUCCCAGGCACACACACAGGAACAGCAGAACAAAGAUAGACCCAGGCAAACAGCUAUUGGGACCAGACACACACACACACACACAUACACAAAGAAGAUACAAGUCAGAGAACAGCACAGACUGCCAACAUGAGGCUUUUCCUUCUACUGUCUCCCUUCUUGUGUCUGCUCAGUAAAGGAGACGUCAUUGUGCUUAGGGAAAUAUAUGGUGAGAUCCGAACACCAAAUUUUCCAGAUUUGUAUCCCAGUGACUCAGAAGUGACCUGGAACAUUACUGUGCCAGAGGGAUUCAGAAUCAAGAUCUACUUCAUUCACUUCGAUCUGGAGCCCUCUUAUCUCUGCGAGUAUGAUUAUGCCAAGGUGGAGACCGAUGAACAAGUUUUGGCUGUUUUCUGUGGAAGAGAAAGUACUGACACAGAGCAGGCUCCAGGGAAGCAGGUGAUUGUGUCCCCUGGGAAUUUUCUGAGCCUAACCUUCAGGUCAGAUUUCUCCAAUGAAGAACGUUACACAGGAUUUGAUGCUCAUUAUAGUGCAGUUGAUGUAGAUGAAUGUGCAGAGCGAAGUGAUGAAGACAUGGUGUGCGACCAUCACUGCCACAAUUAUAUUGGGGGAUUCUAUUGCUCCUGCAGAUUUGGCUAUCUUCUUCACUCAGAUAACAGGACUUGCAAAGUGGAGUGCAGUGAUAACCUGUAUACACAGAGAAGUGGGAUCAUUUCCAGUGCAGAUUAUCCUAGGCCAUAUCCAAAGAGCUCCGACUGUCUGUACAGAAUUGAGCUGGAGGAAGGAUUUGUGGUCAAUCUUCAGUUUGAUGACAGCUUUGACAUUGAAGAUCACCCGGAAACGUCAUGUCCAUAUGAUUUCUUGAAGAUCAAAGCUGGAAGUAGAGAAUUUGGACCAAUAUGUGGAGAGAAAUCACCAGGAAGAAUAGAGACUGGAAGCAACAAUGUUCAGAUUCUUUUCCAUAGUGACAAUUCUGGGGAGAAUGGAGGAUGGAGGCUGUCUUAUACAGUCACAGGAAUUUCCUGUCCUGACCUCCAGGCACCACUAAACGGGAAAAUCGAACCUCCUCAAUCAAAGUACACCUUCAAAGACCAAGCUGUAAUUAGCUGCAACUCUGGGUAUAGAGUUAUAAAGGACAAUAUGGAGAUGGACAGUUUCCAGAUUGAAUGCAGGAAAGAUGGAACAUGGAGUAACCAGAUUCCAAAAUGUCAAAUUGUUGACUGCAUGUUACCAAUAGACCUUGAAAAUGGAUUUGUGACCUUUCCUACACCAGCAAAUAUCACCACUUACCAAUCAUCUCUUACAUAUUCCUGCCGAGAACCUUACUACACAAUGAUUCCAAACAUGACUGCUGAAUACACCUGUGAUGCAAGUGGAUUGUGGAUAAACUCAGAGAUUGGAGCUAAACUUCCGCUCUGUCAGACAGUAUGUGGGUUGCCACGUUUUUCCAGGUCAAAGCUGGCAAGAAUUACAGGUGGGAGUAAAGCAAAGAGAGGGAUCUAUCCUUGGAUUUCCAUGCUCUCCAGGGCUGAGAGUGGGAGUCCCUUCUGUGGAGGAUCUCUGAUCGGUGACAAAUGGAUUGUUACCGCUGCCCAUUGUCUGCACCAUGAACUGGACUCGGAGAAUACAGGUCUUACCUCUGCAGACAUUUUCCCAACUUCGUCAUUCAGAAUUAUAUUAGGAAAACACAGGACAUUGUUAAAGGAUGACACUGAACAAGUAUUGCAAGCCAAGAACAUAAUUAUCCACCCUAACUACAACAGCAGCACAUUUCAGAAUGACAUUGGAUUAGUGGAGCUAUCAAGCAAAGUUUUCCUCAAUGAUUAUGUGAUGCCUAUUUGUUUACCCGAAGAAGAAAUUGAGUCAGAUGAGAUAGUCGUGGUCACUGGAUGGGGAAAGCAAUUCCUAAGAAACCUGCCGGAGUCCCUACUAGAGAUUGAAAUCCCUGUGGUGGAUCAUGAUGUGUGCAAAAAUGUAUACAAGACGAUUGGUAAACUAAUAACUGAAGAUAUGAUUUGUGCUGGACUAAAAGAAGGAGGGAAAGAUUCCUGCUCUGGUGACUCUGGUGGGCCAAUGGUCACUUUCAGCCAGCAGAGAAAUAGCUGGUACCUGGCAGGAACAGUUUCAUGGGGAGUGGACUGUGGGAAACCUAAUAAGUAUGGGGUAUAUUCAAAUGUUUAUAAGAACCUAAACUGGGUAAGAGAAAAAAGUGGCAUCAAAUAUUAAUAGUAGAUUUUCUCUUAAAUAGUAAAUUAGCCAUACAAUGGUUUGCCUGUUUGUUUGGGGGGGUUUUGUGUCUGUGUAGUAAAGAUUUGCAGGCCACCAGGAGAAAAAUAGUCAUACAGUAUAUUAUUCUUACCCACUGGUUUCUGAACAAAUAAAUGUAAAUUCAAGGGCAAUUGCACAAUUGAUGUUUGCAAAUUGAGGAUAUACGAUGCCGAAGUAGUGUACUUUGAUGUUUUCUGAAUCUUGUUUCAUUUCAAUAGUCUAACACUGGUAAAUACUGUAUAUUGUUUGCAAAAAGUGCUUACAUUUUUAAUGACUAGAGAUUUUUUAUGUAAUUGUUUGUUAUUUAAGAAACUGAAAUUAAAUUUUUAAUUUGUUAUUCAACAAUCACUUGCUCUUCCAUAAUUAAAAUUUUCAUUAUUAC